ACUGAGAGAAUAGCAAGGCUCCAGUAAGGAAGACUUUUUUCUGGGUUUUCUGAAAUGGAGCUCAGCGAGAUCUAUAGAGCCGGUGGCAACAGUUUAAGAGCCGGUGGUAGCAGUUUAAGAAGCCAAAGUUCUUCACUAUGGAGAAACAAUACUAUGGAGGUUUUCUCAAAGUCUUCAAGAGAUGAAGACGACGAAGAAGCUCUGAAAUGGGCUGCGUUGGAAAAGCUUCCUACUUAUUCUCGAUUGAGGAGAGGCAUACUCACAACAUCUCAGGGCCGUCCGAGCGAAAUCGACAUCGACAACCUCGGACUUAAGGAGAGGAAGGCGUUGCUUGAGAGGUUGAUCAAAACAGCCGAAGAGGACAACGAGAGAUUCUUGUUGAAGCUCAGAGAUCGUAUUGAUAGGGUUGGAGUUGAGCUUCCGUCAAUCGAAGUGCGAUACGAGCAUCUUAAUAUUGAAGCAGAGGCUUAUGUAGGAAGCAGAGCUUUGCCGUCCUUCAUCAACUUCAUAAGUGGCAUAGUCGAGAUUUUCUUCGGUUUUCUGCCAAUUUUCAAAAGUAAAAAGCGACAGCUGACCAUCCUUCAAGAUGUCAGUGGAGUCAUAAAGCCAGGAAGAAUGACACUGCUUUUGGGUCCUCCAAGUUCAGGCAAGACCACACUCUUGUUGGCUUUGGCUGGAAAGCUUGACUCAGAGUUGAAGUUUUCUGGGAGAGUGACUUACAAUGGGCAUGACAUGAACGAGUUUGUACCCAGGAGAACUGCUGCCUAUAUCAGUCAAUAUGAUAAUCAUAUUGGAGAAAUGACUGUGAGGGAAACUUUGGCUUUCUCCGCCAGAUGCCAAGGAGUCGGGACGCGUUAUGACAUGCUUGCAGAAUUGUCUAGGAGAGAGAAAGAAGCUAAUAUCAAACCUGAUCCGGACAUUGACGUCUACAUGAAGGCAAUGGCAGCAGAAGGUCAAGAGACAAAUGUGGUGACAGAUUAUGUCCUAAAGAUUUUGGGAUUGGAAAUUUGUGCUGACAUUGUUGUAGGAGACGAAAUGUUGAGGGGUAUCUCUGGAGGACAAAGAAAGCGUGUCACAACAGGUGAGAUGCUUGUUGGCCCAGCUGGGGCGUUGUUCAUGGAUGAAAUUUCAACUGGUUUGGACAGCUCAACAGCUUAUCAAAUUGUGAACUGCCUCAAGCAAUAUGUACACAUCUUUAAUGGAACUACUGUCAUCUCCUUACUUCAGCCAGCACCAGAGACUUAUGACCUUUUCGACGAUAUCAUUCUUCUAUCCGAUGGCCAAAUAGUGUAUCAAGGUCCCCGUGAAUACGUGCUUGAUUUCUUCGAAUAUACAGGUUUUAAAUGUCCUGAGAGGAAAGGUGUCGCUGACUUUCUUCAAGAGGUAACGUCGAAGAAAGAUCAGGCACAAUAUUGGGCACGAAGAGAUGAACCUUACAGGUUUAUCACUGUCAAGGAAUUUGUUGAGGCAUUCCAAUCGUUUCACGUGGGACAGAAGCUAGGAGAUGAGCUUGCAACUGGAUUCGACAAGAGCAAGAGUCACCCAGCUGCUUUGACAACCAAAGAAUAUGGUGUGACAACGAAGGAGCUCCUCAAAGCUUGCAUUUCAAGAGAACUGUUACUUAUGAACAGAAACUCGUUUGUCUACAUCUUCAAGAUUGUGCAACUUUGUAUUAUGUCGCUGGUUUCUGCCACAAUUUUCCUAAGAACCGAAAUGCAUCGUAGAAACACAGAUGAUGGUAAUAUUUACCUUGGCUCUUUGCUUUUCUCUGUGAUAAUGAUAAUGUUCAAUGGGAUGUCGGAGCUUCCGAUGACUAUAGCCAAGCUUCCUGUGUUCUACAAGCAACGGGACUUACACUUCUACCCCGCUUGGGCUUAUGCUCUUCCAACAUGGAUUAUCAAGAUCCCUAUCUCAGUCCUAGAAGCAGUGGUUUGGGUGGCCCUAACAUACUACCUUACAGGAUUGGAUCCAAGUAUCUCAAGGUUCUUCAAGCAAUUGCUUCUGCUCUUUCUGGUUAACCAAAUGGCCUCUGGUUUGUUCCGCGCUACUGCAGCUACUGCUAGGAACAUGAUUGUAGCCAACACGUUCGGGUCAUUUGUGUUGCUCUUGCUCUUUGCAUUGGGAGGCUUUAUUCUGUCUAAAGAUGAUAUCAAAGGCUGGUGGAUUUGGGGUUACUGGAGUUCGCCUCUGAUGUACGCUCAGACUGCGGUUCUAGUCAACGAGUUCCUCGGCAAGAAAUGGAGACAUCAUGGACCAAACUCAAGUAUGCCUCUUGGAGUUCAAGUCUUGAAGGUCCGAGGAUACUUUGCUGAGGCAAAAUGGUAUUGGAUUGGUGUGGGGGCGUUGAUUGGAUUCAUCUUACUUUUUAAUGUCUUUUACGUUAUUGCUCUCACUUUGCUUAACGUCUUUGAUAAGUUACGAGCGGCAGCUAAAUCUGAUGAUCCUCAGAGUAAUGAAGCCGUUGAGAUGCAACAAAGAGCAGAUAGCUCAAGCCACCACAGUCAGUUUGGUAAAAAUGAGAACAGGAAAAGGGGAAUGAUUCUUCCAUUUGAACCACAUUCCAUCGUCUUUGAUAACAUCGUAUACUCGGUGGACAUGCCAACGGAAAUGAAAAGUCAAGGAAUUGAAGAGGAUAGAUUGGUUCUUUUGAAUGGCGUGAGUGGUAGCUUUAGGCCUGGUGUUUUGACAGCACUUAUGGGAGUUAGUGGUGCUGGUAAAACCACCUUGAUGGAUGUUCUUGCUGGUAGGAAAACCGGCGGAUACAUUGAUGGGGACAUCAGAAUUUCUGGUUACCCUAAGAAGCAAGAAACAUUCGCCCGAAUUUCUGGAUAUUGUGAGCAAAAUGAUAUCCACUCUCCGCAUGUUACUGUUCAUGAAUCCUUGAUCUACUCUGCUUGGCUUCGUUUACCAGCUGAAGUUGAUUCCGAAACCAGAAAGAUGUUCAUUGUGGAAGUGAUGGAGCUCGUGGAACUUACUCCAUUGAGGCAAGCAUUGGUGGGAUUGCCUGGAGUCAACGGUCUCUCAACCGAGCAGCGUAAAAGGUUGACUAUUGCAGUUGAGCUUGUGGCAAACCCUUCAAUUAUAUUCAUGGACGAGCCAACUUCAGGGUUAGAUGCUAGAGCUGCUGCCAUUGUCAUGAGAACGGUUAGGAACACAGUGGACACUGGCAGAACAGUUGUGUGCACCAUUCAUCAGCCUAGCAUUGACAUUUUUGAAGCUUUUGAUGAGCUAUUCCUCAUGAAAAGAGGAGGACAAGAAAUAUAUGUGGGUCCAUUAGGCCGCCAUUCUUGCCAUCUGAUAAACUAUUUUGAGUCAAUUGAAGGCGUGCCUAAAAUUAAAGAUGGUUACAAUCCUGCAACUUGGAUGUUGGAAGUCACUGGUCCUGCGCAAGAAUUGGCUUUGGGGGUUGAUUUUACAGAUCUUUACCAGAGUUCAGAUCUGUACAGGAGAAACAAAGAUCUCAUUAAGGAAUUGAGCACCCCGGCACAUGGUUCAAAAGAUCUCUAUUUCCCUACUCAAUACUCGCAAUCAUUCAUGACGCAAUGCAUGGCUUGCCUUUGGAAACAACGUUGGUCUUACUGGCGGAACCCGCCUUACACGGCCGUGAGAUUUUUGUUCACCACUUUCAUAGCAUUGAUGUUCGGUACUAUGUUCUGGGACGUCGCAUCAGAUACGAAGAAGGUACAAGAUGUGAACAACGCGUUUGGGUCCAUGUAUGCCGCUGUUUUCUUCGUCGGAGUCCAAAAUGCCAUGUCUGUGCAACCAGUCGUUUCCAUAGAGAGGGCAGUCUUCUAUAGAGAAAGAGCAGCCGGCAUGUAUGCAGCAUUUCCGUACACAUUUGGACAGGUUAUGGUUGAGAUUCCAUACCUUUUAUGUCAGGCUGUAGUUUAUUGCCUCCUAGUGUACUCAAUGAUCGGCUUCGACUGGACCGUCGCAAAGUUCCUCUGGUACCUCUUCUUCACCUUCUUCGCCUUGAUGUACUUCACAUAUUACGGCAUGAUGACUGUAGCCCUCACUCCAAACGUCAACAUUGCUCAAAUUGUGUCGGCUGCCUUCUACGGCCUAUGGAACCUCUUCGCUGGAUUCAUUGUUCCUCGCACGAGGAUUCCAAUAUGGUGGCGAUGGUACUAUUGGGCAUGCCCCGUGUCGUGGACUUUGUACGGACUUGUGGUGUCGCAAUACGGAGAAAUGAACACAGAGAUUAACAAUGUGACAGGCGAGACGGUGAAACAGUUUGCCAAACGAUAUUUUGGAUAUGACUAUGAUUUUCUAAAAGUUGUUGCUAUCGUCAAUGUGUCUUUUGCUUUUCUUUUUGCCAUCAUCUUUGCCUUUGCUAUCAUGGCCUUCAAUUUCCAAAGGCGAUAGAGACUUUCCCAGCUAAUGUUUACUCUAUGUCACUCUGUGUAUACUUGGAACAAAAUCUUUCGUUUCUUUUCUUGAUUCUGAAAAAUAUAUACUUCAACUUCCUGGCAAUGGAAACAAUGUAUUGUGUAGUAUUUAAAUUAGCGUCCUAUACUUUGUUUAAACUUUAGCCAAUAAAGUGUGUAUUUCUCUUAUAUUUAAUAA